UGAGCUCAGGUGAGCUCAGGUGCCGCUCCCCGCAGGCUGUGGGUGCUGGCCAUGGUGGGGCUCAGCCUGGCCUGGCUGCCGGUGGUGGAGGCGGCGAGGGGGGGGCAGCUCUUCGAUUACAUCCAGGCCCUGUCCUCGUACUUGGCCCCGCCCGUGGCCGCCGUCUUCUUCCUGGCCGUGUUCGUGCCCCGCGUCAACGAGCCCGGCGCCUUCUGGGGGCUGCUGGGGGGGCUGGGGCUGGGCCUGGCCCGGCUGAUCCCCGAGGUCCUUCUGGGGUCGGGGUCGUGCGGGACCCCCGGGCGCUGCCCCGCCCUGCUCUGCGGCCUGCACUACCUGCACUUCGCCGUGCUGCUCUUCCUGCUCACCUGCGCCAUCGUCCUGGGCGUGUCCUGCUGCGCCCCGCCCAUCCCCACCGCGCACCUGCACAGGUUGGUGUUCAGCCUCCGGAACAGCCGCGAGCCCCGAAUCGACCUGGACGCGCCCAAGGAGCCCCCCCAGGAUCCGGGGGUUCAGCUCGGGGACUUGGAAGCGGCUCCAGGGGCGGGGCCGGGAGCUGGGGGCGUGGCCUCGGGGUUGGGCGUGGCCCCGGCUGAAGCCACGCCCCCCGAGGAUCCCAAAUGGAGCCGCCUGGUCAACAUCAACGCCCUGGUGCUGAUGGGAGUGGCCUCUUUCCUUUGGGGCUAUUUUGCCUGAAAUCACCCGAAAUAAACCCGAAAAUCCUCCCCACA